AUGUUCUGGAAAAGACUUGUAUUUGCAGGCUACUUUGCCCUUGUUGUACUCCUCGUACUCCAUGUACCCUGUAGCGCCAAAAGAACUUAUCUCUGUGAAAAUCCUUCUUCUUGUGGCACUCUCAUAAACCUCGCCUACCCUUUUCGAUUUAAAGACGAUCCACCAGGGUGUGGUGACUCUAACUAUGAACUGGUCUGCGAGAACAACCAACCCAUUCUGAACUUGUACUCUGGAAAAUACUACGUCAAGGCCAUCAAUUACAAUAAUUCAACAAUCCGUGUAGUUGAUGUUGGUGUUCAGGAUGAGAAUUGUUCCUCACUUCCACUAUUUACCUUAAACUAUUUCAACUUCAGUAGUCAAGAUCCAUAUGAGCCGUCAUACAUUUCAGAGGAUGUAAUGUUUGUGAGUUGCGAAAGUCCAGUGGAAUCGGCUGAUUACGUGGACACUGCUCCUUGUGUCAACGGAAACCAUUACCGAUAUGCUCUGGUGGGCAUUAUGGCAGCUUCAGCACUUGAAGACUUGUGUACCAUAGAUCUAAUGUCUAGGACAAGUCCGCGAGGGCAGUUUAGCAUUAGGAAUCUUUCAUAUGCGGACGUCCAUAAAGGUCUUGCGGUUGGUUUCGAGCUUUCAUGGUUUCCCAUUCGAUGCGAAGAGUGCAGGGGCCAAGGCCACUGCUCUUUUGAUAAUACUACCAAUGUUGUCAGGUGCUCUCAGCCUUCAUUGCUCCUAGCAGCAAAAUUUCUGUGCGGGGCUCCAAUUGUCUUCAUUUUUCUGAUUUAUAAAUGGCGAAGGAGACAUUUAUCAAUGUUUGAUUCUGUUGAAGAGUUUCUUCAAAGUCACAACAAUCUCAUGCCAAUACGGUACUCCUACUCACAAAUUAGGAAGAUGACUAAUAACUUCAAGGACAAAUUGGGAGAAGGAGGCUAUGGUUCUGUAUAUAAAGGGAAGCUUCGAAGUGGCAACCUUGUUGCAGUUAAGAUGUUGGGUAAAUCUAAAGCAAAUGGGCAAGACUUUAUCAACGAAGUGGCUACCAUAGGGAGGAUUCAUCAUGUUAAUGUCGUGCGACUAAUUGGGUUUUGUGUUGAGCGUUCAAAACGUGCUCUUAUAUAUGACUUUAUGCCCAAUAGAUCCCUCGAUAAAUAUAUCAUUUCUCAAGAAAAUUCUCUUUCUCUAAGCUGGGAAAAAGUGCAUGAGAUUUCUCUAGGAGUGGCUCGUGGCAUUGAAUACCUACAUCGAGGUUGUGAUAUGCAGAUUCUCCAUUUUGACAUUAAACCACACAACAUCCUUCUUGAUGGGAAUUUCACACCCAAAAUUUCUGAUUUUGGGCUAGCCAAAUUGUAUCCGGCUAAUGACAUCAUUGUAUCUCUCACAGCAGUAAGAGGAACAAUAGGGUAUAUAGCACCAGAAUUGUUCUACAAAAACAUUGGAGGCGUCUCAUACAAAGCCGAUGUUUAUAGCUUCGGUAUGUUGCUAAUGGAAAUAGCUGGUAAAAGGAAGAACAAUCCAGUAACAGAAAACUCAAGCCAAACCUACUUUCCUUUUAGUGUUUAUGAUCAAGUUCUUGAUGGGAAGGAAAGAGGGAUUGAAGAUGCCACAGAAGAUGAAAAGAAAAUAGUAAAAAAGAUGGUUAUGGUUGCAUUAUGGUGUAUACAAGUGAAUCCCAUUGACCGUCCUCCAAUGCAUGAAGUUGUGAGGAUGUUGGAAGGAGAAUUAGAAAGCAUACAAAUGCCCCCUAAGCUUUUUAUGUUUCCUGAAGAAACAUUGGUAAACGAUGCUGGAGAUGAUACAAAUCCAAACUGUUCAUCAUCUGCAUCCGUGUGGGAUCUAUAG